GAACGUGGUUCGCGGUAGGCCCUCUGAUAACUUUGACAGUGCGAGCCUUAUGGUCUCGCCUUAGCUACAUUUUACAUGACAAUGUUUUUGAUGGGAUUCUUACUUUUGUGUAUUUGCGUUUAUUUCUGAAUUAGAGCUCAAAAAUAAUAAGUCUUUAAUCAAUGAAUCUGCCAAAACCACGAUGACGAAACAAGGCCGUAGAAGGGCCGUUAUCAAAAGAGGGCGUAUAGAAAAGUAUUAUUUUAGUACCUAUAUGGGAGGUCUAUGGUAAUGUCAGGAGUUACAACUAAUUCCUGUCAAAACGAUAUAUUGUAUUUUAUAGAAAUAUGUGCGGAGGCAAGAAAAAAGCUGCCAUUGCAGUAGAGAAUGACAAACCUAACCACCCCGCUAUAGUUUGGGGCGUUUGGUACUUAUCGUUGGCGGCACUGGCGAUGAUCAUUUGUACUUUGGCUUUAUUUUUUUGUGUAUCAAUAGUUGUGGAAACGCUUCAAUUGGACUUACUUCUGUCGCUGUCACUGCUUACUGGGAUCGUGAUGUUGCCUACGAAUUUCUACUUGCUCUACAUGAUAUCUAAAGGGAGAAAAAUAGAUCCUUAUUCAAGAGUUUUGUGUUGGGAUCUAUGGGUCUGCAUGGCAACAAUAAUUAUACUAAGCUUCAUAGGUUCAUGUCUUUGCUCGCACAAGAUAUAUCACUGUAAAAAUUGCAUCAAAAAAGCCAUUAGUAAAGCCAUGGACAAUUAUAGGUAUGACCCUAAAUUGAAACAACUUAUGGACGUUAUUCAAUGGGGAAUCAAGUGUUGUGGGCUUAACUCCUAUACGGACUGGUUUAACAAAGACUGGUACGACUUCACACGCGACUAUGAAUGGGAUCCCAUUUCUGAUACAAAACUACGUUCCAAGGGAGUGGCGCUUGUUACUGAUAGCGUUCCUCUUAGUUGCUGUAAAACAGGAUCGUGCAUAUCAAACUACUUGUCGGAGAUGGGAACCUCGUCUAUACAUUUGUGUGGAUGCGCUGAGCAACUCUAUGAAACAGUCAUGGCUGCGCUGGUUAUUCAGUUGAUUGGUUUUUCUUCCGUUUUUGUAGUUGAGCUUUUAGUUUUCAUUCUGGCUGUAUCCAAGGAGAACGAAACAAGCAAACACAUCAAAAAAGGCAAAACUCGCGUGUACGACGUAAAGCAUCUUCUCAGCGUGAACCCUAACUUUGACUGGAGUGGUUCGCUUGAAUCGGCCUCGGACGAUAGUGAUGCUGAAGAAUCGGGCUCACCCAAGAAAGCAGUGCGAAAUAUGCCAGAUGAAUCGGCGCCGGGACUUCCUUAAUUAUGUAUAUAACACUCGUAUUUUAAUAAUAUAUGGCCAUACAUUUUAUACCUACGUAAUAAUGUCAAUUUGUUUUCUAAAUACAAUACAUAUGUUUAAA